ACAGGGGCCAUCCCUACGGUGAAUGUGAGAGAAUGAGAAAAUGGUGCAUUCGUCGAUCAAACCGGGCCACACAUCCGAAGCCAGAAAUUAAAUUAACCACCAUUUUGUUUAUUUUCGCGUAAAUAAUUAUAAUACUGGAUACUUUAGUGAACAUUUUUACUCGGCCGUAUAAUGAAGUAAUCGAUUCAUUCUGGCGAUGCUUAAAAUAUUAGGAAUGUGCUAUUAGCGUACCAGCGACGUCGGGCCCUUGUGUUGAUCUUUGCAGACGGCCGCGCCGCUUAUAAACGUUACUUCGGCGCAGAGCGCUCUAAUAUCAGAAAACAGCAGUGCAAGACGAAAGGAUUGAGAGCAAACGAAGUGGCCCGUUGCGAUUCUGUCAACGACUCCUCAGGAAAUCCAAAGGGAGCGAUCCCCUGGUAGGAAAUAUCGAAGAGUCGUGGGCGAGAGUCCCCCGUGGCGCGCCCGGCUAACAUGAACCACACGUCUGCUGCGGACAGGCAGCACGACACUAAUGUGAACCAAGUGGAGGAGAUGGAGACACAAGACGUGGAGACCGUAGAUACCGCCACAGAUAAGGAUUGCGACGAGACGGAGACUCUUCUUAUGAAAUGGUCCACUGAUCAGGUGGUCAUGAGUGAGGUUAUGAAGAACCAGGAGACAACAUCUACAGCUAUGGUUCAAGACACCGAAAUGGAGGACGACGAAGCGCGGUCGGAAGCGACCUUCCGCUACACAGUGCAGAACUUCCGUAGCCUCAAGGACUCGGUACUGUCCCCACCCUGCUACGUGCGCAACCUGCCCUGGAAGAUCAUGGUGAUGCCCCGACAGGCGCCCUCUCCCGACCGCCAGCAGCAGAAGUCGCUAGGCUUCUUUCUGCAGUGCAACGGCGAGAGCGAGUCUUCCAGCUGGUCAUGUUACGCCAUGGCGGAGUUGAGACUCAUCUCGCAUAAGCCGGACUGUGAACCGUUUUUUAGGAAGAUACAGCAUUUGUUCUACAGUAAGGAGAAUGAUUGGGGCUUCUCCCACUUCAUGGCGUGGAACGACGUCCUGGACCCGGAGAAGGGUUACAUCAAGGACGACGCCAUCACCCUCGAGGUGCACGUGACGGCGGAGGCGCCCCACGGCGUGUCCUGGGACUCCAAGAAACAUACCGGCUACGUUGGCCUCAAGAACCAGGGUGCGACUUGCUACAUGAAUUCCCUGCUGCAGACCCUGUACUUCACCAACCAACUGAGAAAGGCUGUCUACAAAAUGCCCACGGAGUCGGAUGAUAGUACAAGAUCCGUCGCCUUAGCGCUGCAGCGAGUAUUCUACGAGCUCCAGUUCUCUGACAAGCCCGUCGGGACCAAGAAGCUGACGAAGAGCUUCGGCUGGGAGACCCUGGACUCUUUCAUGCAGCAUGACGUCCAGGAGUUCCUUAGGGUUCUACUCGACAAGUUGGAGAGCAAAAUGAAGGGCACGUGCGUGGAGGGCACGGUGCCCCGCCUGUUCGAGGGCAAGAUGACGUCAUACAUCAAGUGCAAAAACGUCAACGUGUCUAGCACGCGCGUCGAGACCUUCUACGACAUACAACUGAAUAUAAAGGGGAAGAAGAACAUCGACGAGUCGUUCAAAGACUACAUCAGCACGGAGAUGCUGGAUGGUGACAACAAGUACGACGCGGGCGAGCACGGGCUGCAGGAGGCCGAGAAGGGGGUGAUAUUCGCCUCCUUCCCGCCCGUGCUGCAUCUGCACCUCAUGCGGUUCCAGUACGACCCCAUCACGGAUAGCUCCGUCAAGUUCAACGACAGGUUCGAAUUCUACGAGCACAUCAACCUGGACGCGUACCUGCAGGAGAAGCCCGAGACGCCGGCCGACUACACGCUGCACGCUGUGCUCGUGCACUCGGGCGACAACCACGGCGGGCACUACGUCGUCUUCAUCAACCCUAAGGGGGACGGCAAGUGGUGCAAGUUCGACGACGACGUGGUAUCUCGGUGCACGAAGCAGGAGGCCAUCGAGUACAACUACGGAGGCCACGACGAGGACAUGGCGCUCACCGUGCGCCAUUGCACCAACGCCUACAUGUUGGUUUACAUUAGAGAUUCUCAAUUAAAAACAGUGUUGCAAGAAGUAACUCAACCAGACAUUCCGUCUGAGCUUAGCGAGAGACUGGCAGAGGAGAAACGAAUUGAAACUAUCCGUCGCAAGGAGCGCAACGAGGCGCACCUCUACAUGACCGUAAACGUGGUGCUGGAAGACGACUUCGACGGGCACCAGGGCAACGACCUGUACGACCCGGAGCGCGCGCACUACCGCGCCUUCCGCGUGCGCAAGCAGGCCACCGUCGCCGAGCUCAUGGAGAUGCUGGCUGAGAACUUCCGCUACCCGCAGAAGCAUCUCCGCCCGUGGCCGUUCAGUGCGCGCUCUAAUCAGACUUGCAGACCAACCUGCCUAGACAUAAUCAACGAUCAACACAAGACCGUAGCAGACGUGUCCGAGAACACCAACCCCUGGAACAUCUUCCUCGAGAUGCUGCCCCCCGACGCCGGGCUCAGCACCCUGCCCACCUUUGAUAAGGACAAUGAUGUGGUGUUGUUCUUCAAGUUCUAUGAUCCGAAGCAGAAGAGGAUCCAUUAUUGCGGACACCACUAUUUGCCGAUUGCGAGCAAGCUGCCCGAUCUCAUACCGAUACUCAAUAAACGUGCUGGUUUCCCAGCUGAUACUCCCCUAGUACUGUACGAGGAAAUCAAACCCGACUUCGUCGAGAAGAUCAACAAUUACAACGAUCCUCUAGAAAAGUUAACAUGUAUGGCCGGCACAGGUAUGAUGGAUGGCGACAUCAUCGUGUUCGAGCGAGCCGACCACCGGCACGAGGAACUCGAGCUGCCAACCUGCCAGGACUACUUCAAGUACAUCUUCUACAAGGUCGAGGUGCAGUUUGUGGAUAAGACGCUACCCAAUGAUCCGGGAUUCACAAUGGAGUUGUCUAUGCAAAUGCGUUACGAGCAAAUGGCGAGAGCGGUCGGCCAACGGCUCAACGUCGAUCCUUACUUAAUACAGUUCUUCAAGUGUCAGAAUUAUAAGGAUACGCCCGGAUUGCCGCUGCGGUAUUCCUACGACGGCAUACUGAAGGACCUGCUAGUGUACUGUAAACCAAAGUGCCCUAAGAAAUUGUUCUACCAGAUUUUAUCUAUUAAAGUUAACGAAUUGGACAAUAAGAAACAGUUCAAAUGUUUAUGGGUUGGUCCUAAUUAUAAAGAAGAUAAAGAAUUAAUUUUAUAUCCAAACAAAGGUGGCAAAGUAGCAGACAUAUUAGAAGAAGCGGCUAAAGUUGUUGAAAUGUCUCCCGACGGGUCGGGCAGAUUACGGAUCGUGGAGGUGUCGUGUCACAAAGUGUUGCCCGGGCCCGACCCCGAGCUGACGCUCGACCAGGUCACCAUAGCGCCGCCCAGGCUCUACAGAAUAGAGGAGAUACCUCAGGACGAGUUGAAUCUACAGGAGGACGAGGCGUUAGUGCCGUGCGCUCACUUCCACAAGCAGGUGUACGCGACGUUCGGCAUCCCGUUCUACACGCGCGUGAAGCACCUCGAGCCGUUCCAGGCCGUCAAAGACCGGCUGCAGGCCAAGCUCGACAUACCCAACAAGGAGUGGGAAAAGUACAAUUUCGCUAUAGUGACAAAUGGCAGACCUAACUACAUAAGUGAAGGAGCGACAAUAAACAUAUUCGACUUCAGGCCGAGUAGUAACGCAAAUCUGUCGCUUCCAGACGCGACGGGGCGGCCGUGGCUCGGGCUGGACCACAUCAACAAGACGCCGAAGCGCUCGCGCGUCAACUACCUGGAGAAGGCCAUCAAGAUCUACAACUGAGCGUGCGCCGCCCCCACCCCGCCGCGCCGCCGGGACCGCGCUAGGGCCCCGAUACUUAUGUAAAUACGAUUCACUUUCGUUACCGACUUUGUCUGUUAUCUAUUUAUGACGUUUGGAAGCAGAUCGAUAUCAUUUCCAUAUUUUUGCAAUGCGGUGGAGUCCAUGUUUUAUACAUUAGUAGAUUAGACCAUAUUGUAUGUACAUAUUUUGUAAUUUUAAAACGCAUAUUUAUAUGGGCCCUAGACGUAACCGUUUUUCGAGUGAAUGUAACUAAGCGCCGGGCGGUAUCACAGGCUCCUGAACUAAUAUAUGUGCGACAUAAUUCAAGCAUAAGAUUGUACUUUCAUCAAUAAGUAGAGCGGACGCGGCGCCGUAUGACAAUUAAAACCGCGAAAUUAUAUCAAGCCGCAUUUUGAUGAUGGUGUGUUUAUAACGCCGUUUUUUGUUCAUAACCGACUCUCUAUCUAUCAUAUCUAUACAUAUUUCAUUAGUUCAGUUGUGUGUUGGUGCCUCCCUGUUAAAUUUAUAAAAUAGGAGGAACGUACGUCAAAUGUUUAAGUGCUUGACACUAUCCGAUUAAUUGCCACUUUCAUACUUAAUACAUAGUGAAAAAGUUGGUUAAUUGUUGGAAUUAGAUUGUCAAAUACAUACUAGGAUGUUUAGACAGUACGGCCUAGCAGCUGGGUACAGUCCGCGUCGACGUAAGUUAUGUUCACUCGACCACAAACACCAGUUCGACCUGUACCGCGCUAUUUAUUAUCUAUUUAUAUAUAUUUGGACCAUAGGUGACAUUCAUUGUUGUUUAAUAAUUGGAAUCAGUAGUCCUGCUAGCAGAUGUACGUAACAUUGUUUUUUAUAAUUGAACGAUUAGCCGAAUUACUUUUCUAAACAUUGUGUAGGCCAAUCAUUCUAUAAUAUAUCCCUCGUUACAGUCAUGUUGUAGAAGUAGUCUAAACUAAAAUGACGGGCUCCUGGCUCACUUGUAAAUUUGUUUUAAAGAAAUUACUAAACCAUUUAAAAACCAAAUGCUUUCAAUUAGUUCUAAAACGCCAGACACCACGAGAGUUAAAGCGUGCAUAAUGACUGACUGACCUAAAAUCAGAGUGCCUAUCGCGGCCUUUUAUUUUUUCGUCUAUUUGUCUUUCUAUCGCUGAAAUAUGCGAAAGCGGCAGAGAUGCAGAUAACGAGAUUUCGAUUUUCGAUGUUCGCGGUAGCCCUUCAAGUCAAAUUCAUUAGUGUAUAUGUUUCAUCCCCUUAUUACUAUUGAAUAAGUCGACUAAGAGCAUUCAUCUACUGUUAAUUCAUCAAGACUAUCUUCUAAGUCACCACUAGAAAAAGCGACUUUGCAUACGUUUAAAUUUAGAAAAUAAUGCAAAAGGAGAAGUGCGUUUCAGAUGAUAAGCGGAUACUCUUUUUAUUUCUCACUAGACGUGUAAGCGUUGUGAAGCAUUUUAUUGUGCAGCUAAAUAACCUUAUAACGGUCAGGCAAUGAGUCAUUUUAGCGUAGACAGUAUCGAACUUGGUAAGUGAAUGUCGGUUAUGUUCAAAGUAUCUCAGUUUGGUAUUGCCUUUUAGCAUUUCCAGUGUCGAAAAUCGUGUUUGGCCUCCCCCAAUACUUAGAAUGUCGAAUAAACUUUAUUUAUACUUAAGCACUGACUGGUCGGUCGGUCGCACGUUGCCGGACGACCGGGGGCGACUACUGACCGACCGGUAGCAUUUUUGGUGAUUCGACUCGAGCUCAGCAUUUCUACAGAGUAUACAGCAUUAUUUAGAUACGAGUUUGUACUAUGGAGAUAUAUUAUAACGAUGUUUAAGGGUAUUAUUAUAUGUAUAUAGUCAAAUGUGCCUGUGUGUGGUCGCUUUUUGGUAUACGUGGCCUAUAGUCGUUUGCGACAAGUCGGCGACACGCAUUUUAUUUACGAAUUCUCGGUGGUAAGAUGUAGAUGUUCCUUAUCUCUGGGUGACCGUCCAUCAAAACAGAAUAUUACAGCUGCAGUGAGCAAUCCUUUGCUAUCCUAUUUUCUUGGAAACGUUCGUAUUUAUCAUGCUACUGCAGUCAACCUCAAUACUUUUUAAUUUAUACUGAGACUGACUGAAAUAACAUACACACGUCUGUGCGAUUCCGUGAAAAUACGAUGGUAAAGGAUUAUUCAGUACAUCUGUAUAUAAUAUUUGAACUGAAUGGGGGAGGCACCUGUCAAUUUUAGCGUCUUAGGCAUUGUCGAAUUCCCUACAUAAAAACGAACCAUCGUUGAGUAUUUACAAUUAGCUUUUACCGGCCUCUCUCAUUCAACGUGGGUUGUAUUAUAAUUACUAUCAUUAAAUAUUAAAUGCUUCAUAUAGCAAGAAUAAAAUCAUGAAAUGUAUGUAAUAAUCAAUUUUAUUGAAGAAAAAAAUUCGCUUUAAUGAAAUAAUAAUAAGUGGUACGGAAUGUAUUUUAGUAAGUAAUUGCUCGAAGUAUUGUCUAUCAAGGCAGAUAUGUGGUCUAGACAAAGUGACCACCUCUGUAUUCCACUGUAUAAAAGUAUUAAAUGGCAUUAACGGUAGAUUUGGUAAAUAAUCUAUACCAUAAUAUUAUAGUUCGUUUUUUUUAGCAUUAGAAAGAACUUGCAAGAAGGUAAGCGAUCUUGAAAAGUCUUUUAAUUGAAAAACGCUUUUUAAAAAUUAAAAACUUAUUACUUAUGAAAGCAGAAGAAUAUAAAUGAUCGUAUUAGAUUCAUAAUUGUUACAUAUAUGCCGUAAUUUAUUUUUAAAAUGUGUUUUUCAAAGACACAUCAAGAUUGUUUACCUUAUUUCUAAUGCUAAAAAAACGAACUAUAGAUCCAAUGAGGGUUUCCGCGAUCGAGUUUUUCACUAGAUGACAGCCCCGUGGCGAGAGGUCUAGCUGUCAUAAUCCACCAAUCAUGUUUAACCAUGUUUUUUUUAUUGAUGGAUUUUGACAGCAGCUGUCCAAAAGACCUCGUCACGGUGCUGCCAUCUAGUAAAAAUCUCGAUCGCGGGAACCCUAAUUGAAUUUACUAGUGCCAAACUGCGUUAGGUAAUGAAAGUCUUGUUAAGAACGUAAUAAAGAUGAAUUUGGGAUUUGCUUUGUUUGGUAGACGGUCACCCAUAGUCGCGCUUGAUCCGCAUACUUUAAUAACAUAGACUAAAAUAAUAUUGUUAUCAUUUAUACUGUCUGUAAUACUUAAUUAUUAUGUUACGUCAUUUUAUCAUGUGUUGAACCUUGACCAUUGAAUGCUCUCAUAGACAAUCCUAAUAAAAUUUCAUUAUAGUUUUUUUUUUUCUAUUAGCAUCAUCGAAUCAAAUUUAAUCCCCAUUGUGAUAAAAUAGUAACUAUUAGUGAGGCUUGUACAUAAUAGCUCCUGCACAUAACUAUCGCGGACCUGUAGGUUUCAGCUUUUUUCUAACUUAAAAAAAACUAACGAUACGUGAGUUCUUAUGUAACCUGUUUUAUAUAAAAUAUUGAAGUGUGGAUAGUAUAAAAUAUUCUGAUUGUCGAAUCACCAAAAGGCGGCGCCGGGACCCGGCGCGGCCGCAGCACCUAUGUAACUAGCACCACAUUGUUAAGGCUGAAAGCCGCUCAGAACAUCCGAACGUGUAUAAUGUUACUAUUUAAUUUUAAACUAAUUUUUUGCCGGAAAUAAUAGUGGCAAAUGGGAUUAUAGUUUCAUAGUUGAUUCACUAUUUAGACCCGUCUGUAGGAUUCGGACCUCGAGCAGAGUUCCGUGACAACUUACCUACAAACUAUUGGAGGGAGUUCCAAUGUUUGUUAUGUUGGAUGUGAAUGUUUCACUGAAUAUAAUCCUAUAUUUGUUUACA